AUGCCCAAGGGGAAGAGGCAACGGAAGUUUGAGGCGAAGCACCUGCAGGGCACCAUUAAGCGCCGGAAGCACCUGCAGAGUGUAAAUCGCAAGCGGGACCUUCCAGCCUCUGCAGCAGACCCCAAGCCAGCUGAGGAGAAGAAUGUCGAGGAGCUUGAUAUCGACGAGUUCCUGUCCGGGGAUUUCCUGCCCGAAGGCGGGGCGGAGGAGAUGAGCGAAGGUGACUCAUCCAGCAGCGGCAGCGAGGCUGGGGACUUGAAUGCAGCCGCAUCUGAAUCCGAUGAGGAGGAGGAAAAGGUCGCUCCUGCUGCGACUGCGGCCUUGGAGGAGGCAGAUGAGAGCUCGAGCGAUGAGGAGGCCGACGACGGCACUGGUCUGGCUGCUUCCUCGGCCAAGCUCGCGAAUGCGGUUGCCUCCCACAAGGCGGAGCUGGAGGCUCUGCGGGAGAAGGACCCUGAGUUUUACAAGUAUCUCCAGGAAGCGGACAGCGGGCUCCUGAACUUUGGCUCUGACGAGGAGGGUCAGAGUGACGACGACGAGGCCGUCGCCGGGCUCCCCACCAAGGGUCCCCUCACCCUGUCCCUGGUCCAAGGCUGGACGGCGGCGGCGCUGGCGGGGCCAUCCCUGGGGGCCAUGCGCCAUCUGGCGCAGGCAUACAGGGCUGCCUGUCACUACGGCGACAGCGACGAGGCGGGGGAGGCGGGGCUGCAGAUCGCAUCCUCUGCCCUCUUCAACCGCAUCAUGCUCUUCAUGCUGAAAGAGGCUGACGGGGUGUUCAGGAGGCUGUUGGGUGUGGAUGCCACCUCCACCCUGCGCCCUGCCUCCCUCACCAAGCUCCCCCGCUGGAAGAAGGUGGAGCCCCUCAUCAAGUCGUACCUGGGCAACACCCUGCACCUCCUAGGUCACCUGACGGACGGCGCCAUGCUGGCGUACAUCCUGCGCCGGGCGCGCGCCUCCGUAGUGUUCCUGGCGCCGUACGAGAAGAUCCGGCGCCGCUCUCUGAAGGCCGCGCUGGGGCUGUUUGGCAGCGCGGACGCGGCCGCCAGGGUGCAGGCCGUGCUCUUCGUGCGCGGCGCGGCGCUGGCGCUGGGGGGGUCCACCCUGGACGCCUGCCUCAAGGGAGUGGCGCGCGCCUUUGCCGCCAACGCCAAGUUUGUCAACGCCUCCUCCCUGCCGGCCAUCGACUUCAUGGGGGCCGCGGUGGUGGAGCUGUACAGCAUCGACCCAGCCGCGUCUUACCAGCACGCCUUUGAGGCCAUCCGCGCGCUGGCGGUGCUGCUGCGCGGCGCGCUUUCCACCAAAUCCAAGGACGCGUACCGCGAGGUGUACUGCUGGCAGACCGUCAACUGCAUAGAGCUCUGGGCGCGCGUGCUGGCCGCCGCCGCCACCCGCGCGGCGCAGGGGAAAGGCGGCGCGGGGGCCAACGACCUGGCUGCGCUUUCUUACCCGGUCGCCCAGCUGGCGCUGGGCGUGGCCGGCCUGCUGCCGACGCCCUCCUACUUUCCCCUGCGCCUGCGCUGCGUGCGCGCGCUGUGCGCGCUGAGCGCGGCGUCCGGGGCAUUCGUCCCCGUCGCCCCCCUACUCCUGGAGAUCCUGGCCUGGCCGGAGCUUGCCCGGCCGGCAGGGAGGGGGGCCGACUCCGGUUUCGACCCUGCCCUGGUGCUGAGGGCGCCCAAGACCCUGCUCCGCGACGCGGCCUUCCAGGAGGAGAUCGUGGCGCAGACCUUGGAGCUGCUGACGCAGCACCUGGCACAGUGGGCGUGCCACGUCUCCUUCCCGGAGCUGGCGCACCUCACCACCGUCUCCCUGCGCAGGUUCGUCAAGAACUGCCCCGUCGACCGCUUCAGGCGGAGCGGGAAGCAGCUGAUCGAUGCGAUCGACCGCAACGUGGCCUUUGUCGGGCGAGCCCGCGAUGCCGUGGAGUUCAGCCCCAAGGACAUCACGCAGGUGGCCGCCUUCCUUUCUACGGAGGCCGCCGCCAAGUCUGCGCCCCUGCAGCAGUACGCGCGCGUGCUGGCGGCCAAGGCCGCCGAGCUACGCCCUGUCUUCUGA